AAAUUAAAUUUUAAAACAUUGUAUUUCUUUUUUGCCACAGAUAACCCAUAUGGGCGACUCCUCCAGAAGUCUGUUAGUAAUGUUAGUAGGAGGAUAGUGCAAGAUACAGAAGACGCUACAAUUCCAGAAGCUAUCCUGGUUCUUUAGCUUCCCUCUUCAGUCUUGAGUUUCAGAACCUACCGAACGCCCUGUUGUGCCAGACGUAAAGCGUAAUACACGGGACUUUUAUCUCAAUGUUUACUGGUAUGUCUAAGCCUAGGCAACGAAGAGAAAGAUCCGAAGAAAGUAUGCAAGCAUGUGCCACAGAAGAAGAUAGAUACUGCAUUUGUUACCGUGGAAACACAUGGUCAUAAAAAUGUUACUGUAAACUUGAAUACCAUAACGACAGAAUGUUAUACAUGUGACCUGCAGUUGACAGCUGUGGUAGAGCCACACCAUAACACAUGUACUGUACUAGUGGACACACGAUGGAAAAUGAAAGUCAGCAUCAGUACAGAUAAUGACAGUUUUAAAGUGUUACCUAGCUGUAGUGUGAACAACUUAAGUAAAUGGUUUCUGGAAGGUGGUAAUUACAGUAUCAUUGUUAUGAUAGAGAAUGACAAGAUCACCUGUGAGAAACCUGUCCUGCAAAAUGAUACUGUAGAUAGUAAUAUACCUAUUUAUGUUGCCAUGGGAGCAUUUGUUGGACUGGUACUGUUGUGGUGGUUACUGAAGUAUAUGUAUAGAAACCAUUUGUUACGUAGGCUUCAGUAUUGUUUGUUCCCAGACUCUGCUGCAUUUAUUGAUCCGGAUCCAAAGAGAAAUGCAAACAAGACUGAAUAUGAUGUUAAAAAAGACAAAAUUGAAAAGCCUAGCCCUCCUGUUAAGCGGUAUAAUCUACGUAGGCGAAAAAAUGCAAAAUAUGAAUCAGACUCAGCCCCUUCAAAGAAUGAAUAUGCCGAACAGGAUCUGGGAGUGCCAACUAAUACAUCUGAAGAAGAUGCUGUGAGACCCAGAAAGGAGCGAUUGAAAUCACUGGAUACAUUCAGAGGGAUCUCUAUAGUUGUCAUGAUAUUUGUCAACUAUAGAGGAGGGGACUACUGGUUCUUUAGACAUUCUAAAUGGAAUGGCCUUACUGUGGCUGACCUCGUCUUUCCAUGGUUUGUCUGGAUAAUGGGAACAGCUAUGGCAUACUCCUUCCAUUCUCAGCUGCGAAGAUCUACACCAAAGACAAAAAUGUUCUGGAAAAUAUUCAAACGAUCAUGCAUUUUAUUUGCUCUCGGAUUGCUGAUAAAUUCUUCUGAUGGUCUUAAUCCUGUAAGAAUGCGAGAGUUUCGUAUCCCAGGAGUUCUACAGAGAUUUGCUGGUACAUAUCUCAUCGUAGCAACACUGCACAUGUUCUUUGCUAAACCAAAUGAUCCAAAUCAGUACACAUGGUGGAGUCCUAUUCGUGACAUCACAGACUACUGGUUUGAAUGGGUAUUCAACAUUGUUCUUGUUGUUGUGUGGCUUGCACUAACAUUUGGUCUAGAAGUACCUGGAUGUCCAAAGGGAUAUCUAGGACCAGGUGGAUUAGCCAAUGAUAGCGAUGGUAAAAAUGUCUCUUUAUGCACUGGAGGAGCAGCGUCUUAUAUAGAUAGGACAAUUUUUGGGAAAGGAAGAAUUUACCAGACUCCAACCUGCAAGGAAAUAUACCUGACCACAGUACCACAUGAUCCAGAGGGAUUGCUGGGAACUCUUACUUCCUGUUUCAUGUGCUUUUUGGGUCUGCAGGCUGGGAAAAUUUUACGAACUUUUCCAGAUUGGAAACAAAGAGUAAAGAGAUUUAUAAUAUGGGGAAUUAUAUUGGGUGUUAUUGCAGUCAUUCUGUGCAAAGGAGAGAAAAAUGGUGGCUUUAUACCAAUCAAUAAAAAUCUCUGGUCACUCUCAUUUGUGAUAUGUUUGUCUUGUUUUGCAUUUUUCCUGUUUGCAUUUUGCUAUGUAACCAUAGAUGUGUACAGGGUAUGGUCUGGGGCACCAUUUUACUACCCAGGAAUGAAUGCGAUUUUACUAUACAUGGGACACGAGUUUUUCAGCCAGCCAUUCCGGACGUUCUUGGGUAUACAACCGAACUCACACAUGGUGUACUUGCCAAUCAACAUCUGGGAUACAGCUGUCUGGAUCAUUCUCUCAUACUAUCUAUACUACAAGGAAAUAUUCUUUUCUGUGUGAAUAUUGUUUUAUUAUGCAAGCUAGACAUUGGAAUCACUGCAAAAAGUCUUCAUUCAGGGGAGUUGACCAAAGAUAUUGAAUGAACAGUAAGUUAGUGGACCUAUAAAGACUAUUGUAAUUAUCUGGUGAUUAGAAUACCUGUAUGCUAUUUGGACAUUCCUUGUUCAGUCAUAUGCACAUGGUUCCAUAUGUAAGGGGAUUUUCUUUUAUAGUUUAGAGCUGCAUGAACACAGUGCAAGUCAUAUGGGGACUUUAGCUUUUAAUAAUGAAGGAAGACCCCAGGUGCCAAUCCAGCAUUGUUUAGACAUGGAUUGGCACCUGAAAAAAAAAACACCAACCAUUUGUAAGCCAGUUGAAUGUCUUUACAAAUUUUAUACCACAAGCAAGAUUUUAAACCCACAGCAAUGGAUAAAUGAUACAAAGUCAACUACCUUAACCACUUCUUACAGAGAACAUGUAAUAGUAAAAUAUAGCCGAUUGUGAUUAUGAGUCCAUUAUCUUAACAUGAAUUUUUACAGCGCAGUGUUAUUUUUACUACAUUUGUAUGGUCUGUAAAUUGCAGUUUAUGUAAAAUAUCCCUAUUCUAAAAGAUUACUAGCCUAGUACUCUGCAAUAAAUGCACAUUUUUCUAUUGUAAAAUAUCAAAUUUGACUUGAACAUGUCAACUGUACCAUUAUUAAAUAAAUGGCAGUCAGAGUUUUGAUGUACAUACAAUAUGUGCUUCACAGUGUUCAAGUUAUGUUGAUAACAAUUAAAUUGAGUUACAAUACAAUGCCCUUUGAUAACAAUACCACAAUACAUUGUUAAAUACUUUUGAGAUUACUUUUACAUUGAUAUUUUUUAUGAUUUAAUGUGAUAUAUCUUAGGGCAAGUCAGAUAAAGGUUUGUAUAUGUAUAUAUGAAGAAAGAAUCAUUAAAACUUGCUUCAUCAUUUUUUUUUUAGCUCACCUGAGUCAAAGGCUCCUGGUGAGCUUUUGUGACCGUUUGAUGUGUGCCGUGCGUCCAUCUACAAUAUCUAAAAAAAAUCUUCAAAACCACUGGGCAGAUUUACACCAAACGAUCCUUGGGUGGCCCCCUUUCAAAAUUGUUCAAAGAACUGAGUUCCACACAGAUCUCUGGUUGCCAUGGCAACCGAAAGGAAAAACUUUAAAAAUCUUGUCCAGAAGUGCAAGGCGUAGAGCCUUGAUAUUUGGCAUGUGACAUCAUCUAAUGGUCCUCUUAAGAUUGUUCAAAUUAUUACCCUUGGGUGAAAGGAGGCCCCACCUGGGGGUCCCAAGUUUUUCAAAGAACUUUAAAAAAUCUUGUCUGAUCCACAAGACCUAGGCUUUUGAUAUUUGGUAUGUUGCAUUGCCUAGUGGUCCUCUACCAAAAUUGUUAAAAUUAUGCCUCAGGGGGUGGAGGCAAGACUUAUGUAGGAAAAAACUUUGAAAAUCUCUGAAAGUUCAAGGCCUGGGCCUUUGAUAUUUGGUAUGAAGCAUUUCCUAGUGAUUCUCCAACAAGAUUGUUCAAAUUAUGCCUAUAGGAUAAAUACUUCAAGAAGUAUCUGAUCAUAUUUCCUGGACUGUUUAAUUAUAAUUACCUGAUGAUCCAAAGUAAUUAGGGGUCACUUGACCUACUUUCUUGUUUUUAGCUCACCCGAGCACAGUGCUCAAGGUGAGCUAUUGUGACCGGUCAUGCGUCGUCCAUCAACAUUUGCCUUGUGAACACUGUACAGGUCACAUUUAUGACCCUAUUUAUGACCCUAUCUUAAUGAAACUUGGUCAGAAUGUUAGUCUUGAUGAUCUCUAGGUCAAGUUUGAAACUGGGUCGUGUGGGGUCAAAAACUAGGUCAGAUCAAAGGAAAAGCUUGUGAACAGACCACAUUUUUGACCCAAUCUUUAUGAAACUUGGUCCGAAUAUUGUCUUGAUGAUCUUUAGAUGAAGUUCAAAACUGGGUCAUGUUGGGUCAAAAACUAGGUCAGUAGGUCAGAUCAAUGGAAAACCUUGUGAACACACAAGAGACCACAUUUGUGACCCAAUCUUUAUGAAACUUGGUCAGAAUGUUAGUCUUGAUGAUUUCUAGGUCAAGUUUGAAACUGGGUCAUAUGGGGUCAAAAACUAGGUCAGUAAAUCAGAUCAAAGGAAUAGCUUGUGAACACCAGUCUUUAUGAAACUUGGUCAGAAUGUAAGUUUUGAUGAUCUUUAGGUCCUGUUUGAAUCUGGGUCAUGUUGGAUCAAAAACUAGGUCAGUAUGUCACAUCAAUGGAAAACCUAGUGAACACUCUAGAAACCACAUUUAUGACCCAGUCUUUAUGAAACUUAGUCAGAAUGUUAGUCUUGAUGAUCUCUAGGUCAAGUUCGAAACUGGGUUAUGUUGGAUCAAAAACUAGGUCACCUGGUCAAAUCAAAGGAAAAGCUUGUGAACACUCUUAGAGGCCACAGUUGUGUCCCAAUAUUUAUGAAAGUUUGGCUUGAUAAAUUCUAGGUAAAGUUUGAAUCUGGGUCAUGUGGUCAACAAAAGGAAACGCUUGUGAACACUAGAGGCCACAGUUGUAACUCAAUCUGUAUGAAACUGGGUCAGAAUAUUUGUCUUAAUCAUUUCUAUGUAGUUUGAAACUGGGUCAUGUGGGGUCAAAAUCUAGGUCAUUAGGCCAGAUCAAAGAAAAAUCUUUUCAACACUCCAGAGACCACAAUUUAAGUUUGAAACUCAUGAGAAUUAGUCAGAAUGUUUGUUUUGAUAAUCUGUAGGUUGGAAUCUGGGUCAUGUGGGGUCAGAAACUAGGUCACCUGGUAAAAUCAAAGGAAAUGCUUGUGAAAUCUCUAGAGGCCACAGUUGUAACCAAAUCUUAAUGAAAUUUAAUCAGAAUGUUUGUCUUGAUGAUCCUUAGGUCAAGUUCAAGUCUGGUCAUGUGGGAUCAAAAACUAGGUCAGUAGGCCAGAUCAACUCUCCUGAGCAAUAUAUAGGGCCAUCAUGGCCCAAUUUGGAUGACACACCGAUCUUAAAACUGACUUUCAGUGACCAUGAAUUUGACCUACUGACCUACUUUCUUAAUAUUUUAGUAUCGGUUUGACAUUUGAAACAUGUUCACACAACUUGGAAGAUUUCAAUGCUUACUUGUAUUUGACUUUCUUACCUGAUCUCUUACACUUGUCUAUGUAGCUCUUAUUACUCAGGUGAGCGAUCCUUGGCCAUCAUAACCCUCUUGUUGUUUUGUGGGAGUGUUUUUCAUUUAAGGUUGACCAAGACUAUUUCAGAGUUUUAAAUAAUUUAAGGUUUACUUUAUUAAUCAUUUUAUACUACCAAUAUUUUUUUUUUAACUUUUGUCGUCGGUUUGUAUUGUAUUCAAAUGGUUUUGUACAAAUGUCUUUUUAAACGUCAGGCAGGUGUAAAUUUUGUUAUUGCUAUUAAACUGUUAAAGAAA